AUGGAAAAAACGGAGAAUGAUUUUUUUUCCAAAAUAGAGAACGAUGAGCUCUAUAAUAAGUUUUUGAAUGCGGAAUCAAACAAAGUAUUAAGUGAUUCAUUAAAUAUUAGAGAUCAAGUUAAAAAAUUGGCCGAAGGAAUAGAGUUAAUAAACCACGAACUGCACAGACAGAUAUUGGAUAAGCAUGAAGAUUUACUGCAACAAGCUAGUAAUGCAACGAAACUGGAAACGAUUCUGAGUACUAUGAAUAUUCACGUGAAAAGACUGUUUACAGAUGCUGAAAGACUUAAAACACAAAUUACAGUUCCAUACAAUGAACUAGAAAAACACACGAGGGUAUUGAGUAAUUUGCAUCUUGCCAGUCAUAUUUUAAGGCAAGUUAAUAGGUUACAACAAUUGAGAAAGAGACUAUCACAUACUAACGAUCCUGUACAAAAAGCUUCCCUUUUACAAGAAUUAGAACAACUCGCAUCCGACCCUGAAUUAAAAGAAGUUGACACAGUAACUAACGAAUUAAGGAAUAUUAGAACCCACCAGCAAAAAGUUGUACAAUUAGCAACAGGCUCUUUAAAUCAAGGAGUAAAAAAUGAAAAUGUGACACAAACAACAACAGCAUUGCAGAUAUUUAUAAAUAUAGGAACAAUAAAAUCAGUGGUUGAUAACUUUGUUGAUAAUAAUCUACAUGAGAUCAAAGAAUGUUUGAAGCUAGCUUUUACUAUACCUUUGAACACAUCAGUAAAAAGUAAAGGAGGUCCUGGACAUCUCAACAGUAGUUCAUCACAAGGGUUUAGGAAUAAAAUUUGGUGUGAAUUGGAGAAAGUGUUUACAGAAGAUAUUUACCAGAUAUGCAGUCAAGUGAAAUUUUUACAGAUAACUCUAAAUAAUUUAUAUUUGCCAAAUGGAGAUUUUAAUAUUGCAGAGAAGUUUUGGAUGCAGUUUGGGAAAAUUUUGCAAGAAGAAAUACAAAACUCAUCUUUAGCAGUAAAACAAACGAUUGAAGAAGAUUAUCCCAAAUUAUUAAAGUGCUAUUUGGAUAUGACAAAUAAACUUAAGUUUGAUACAUUUUUAAUCAAUGAAAACAUACUAAAAAACUUUGAAAAUGCUUAUUUAUCAAUGUCUUUAACGAAAUUAUUAGAUCCUGCACAAGAUAUGUUUACUGGUGAAAUAUCAUUGCCUUCUCAAGAUCAAAUUGAUUCUUUAAUUCGUAUAGUUGGUAGUGAGUUAAGUGUAGCUUUGAUAGAAGAAAAUUUAAGUGAUAGAGUUUCUAAAAAUAUUUCAAAAUGUAUCAAAAUGUUUGCUGUUAAAGUAGAACAACAACUUGAAACUGGUCCUGAAGCUGCACAAGUCAUCGGAGGUACGCCUAAUAUGGGACAACAGAAAAAUGUAAACAUUGCAAAUUCUCUAUAUUAUUUCCAACUUCAAAUUCAAAGGAUGUUAUCAAAUAUGAAAGGAUCUUUAACAGAAAGUUCUACAAAAAUUAUAAAUGAUAGUUUACAAACUUUUAAUGCUUUAGUAAGUGCUAUUAUUGAUGUUCUAACAACAUCAGUAAAUUCUGUUAUAGAAAAAAUUAUUGUUACUUUACAUUUGGAAUCUGAUUGGGCUAAAGCUCAACCUCCCAGUAAAAUGAUAAAUACUCCUUCACCUUAUAUGAAGGAAUUAAAUCAGUUUAUUUCGAGAGUAUAUUCAACAUAUCUUGAUGGUUUUAAAAACAGAGAAGUAUUAGCAGUUAAAUGCAAUGAAAUUGCUGUAAGAACAAUUGAAUUGUUUGUUAGGCACAUAUCUCUAUUGAGACCCCUUCAACAAGGAGGUAGGAUCCGUUUGCAAGCAGAUUUCAAUCACCUAGAAAAUUCUUUAAAAGUAAUAUGUCCCCAUUUAGCCGAUUUAGGAAGACCUUAUCGAUUACUUAAAUCUGUAGCUUCUCUUAUAGUAUUAACACCUGAAGAAAUAAUAGCAGGACAAACUGUCGAUAGUCCUGUUCCUCACAGUACCAUAUUGUUAAUGUUAUUUGCUUAUGCUGGUCAAGAUCUAGCUAGUCCACAUCAAAAUACUAGUUGGUCACUUCCUAAAAUCUCGGCUUGGUUAGAUGAACACCAAAGUGAGGCGGAGAGAUUAGAUUUGAUAGCUGGAGCUCUGCAAAAAUACGAAAGCUUAGUUAGGCACAAAAAUUCUACUAGUUAUGAUCCAGUUUAUCCUAUAAUGUCGCAAUAUUUGGAAAAAGCACUCAAGGAAAUUAUUUAAUAUAUUUUCUACUGUUGCGAUUUUCUGAGUAUUUAAAUAUGUAUAUGACUGUAUAUUUAUAAAAAUAUAAGGAUUUUGUAAUAUUUAUAAUCUUUUAAAAAUAAAUUUAUGUUUAAU